AUGCCAUUCGCUAUCAAUGCCACGAAGGAGAACCUUGUACCUAUUCGGGAUCCUACAGUUGGAGAUUGGCGGGAUUCGAGCACCGGUCUAGGAUACGGCAUCUAUCCAUUUGAUGUGGAAGUCGCACUCAUCCCGGCUGCUCUGCGAGCUAUUGCUCAGCUGUCGGAUGCUGGAAUCAUCCCUUCAAAUUACAGUAGCAACGCAACGACCUUUGCAGAAGUCUGGGAAACUCAAGCGUCACCACUCUUCGAAGUGUCCAUCUCUCCAGCUGCUGCCAACGCGUCACUACUCAACUAUGUUCAGAAAGCGAAUCUUUCGGAUGCACUGCUGUACGGAACGGGUUCCUUAAAUGCCACGGCGUCCUCUAAUGGAUCCAGCGGCACCAAUACCUCGAGUUCAUCUUUCAACUCGACCGCUGGGUACAAUGCCUCUUCUGGCGGCUGGGACGCAGUGGGACAAACAAUCGGUAAAGAGGUGGACGGCGUUAACUCUACGUUUUACGGCCUGUCUAUAGAUCGGAAUGGCUCGGUGGUAGAGGUGCUUCACUCUGAUCUAGGCUUCGUAUUGUUGUACGGCAACAAUGUAUCUCAGUCGAUCAUGCAAGCAACAGUGGAGGCUCUUCAGCCAUAUCCUCGAGGAUUACUCACCAACGUCGGCAUGGUCGUGGCAAACGCUGCCUACGAUACCAAUAAGACCAACAUCGAGGUGUUCAACAACCUCCAGUAUCACGGUGCAGUUUCGUGGUCCUGGCAACAGGGUCUCAUGGCCGAGGGUCUAUCUCGUCAACUUGGUUUGUGCAACCUCUCAUCAAACACCCAACUUCAGUAUGACCACCAAACUGCCACCCCGACCUGGUGCACCAAUACGACGCUAACCGAUGCACUUUUGGAGGCUCAAACGAGACUCUGGGACAGUAUACAAGGUAGCGCCUCUGCACUUUUCACAGAGGUCCUCAGUCCCGUCUUUGACAACGCCACAAAUACCUUUACUAUCGGUGAUCUUGGAGCUAUCAGCCCGAGUGGGACCGAAGGUGACGCGAUCCAGUUGUGGAGUUAUGGCUUUUUAGCUCAGAUCGAUCCCAGAUCGGGAAGGCCGGUGGCUGAUGGAUUCUGA